AUGGGGAAACAAUUAUGGGCAUUAAUAUAUGUUACAGUGGUGAUAUUAAUCAUAGUAGAAGUGGAAUCAAGUCUUCACAGAGUAGGCGGUGGAAGAUACAGUUGGAACUCCGACGUUAACUACUCUGAUUGGGCCAACCACCAACGUUUCUACUCCGGCGAUUGGCUUUAUUUCGGAUUCAAUCGAACGCGUCAUAGCAUUCUCCAAGUUAACAAGAGCAGCUACGAUCAAUGUGUCGACACAGAUUUUAUAUUCAAUAUUACCCGUGGAGGAAGAGAUGUCUUUCAACUCUUAGAACCAAAGCCUUACUAUUUCAUUUGUGGUAGAGGUUAUUGCCUUAAAGGUAUGAAGCUUGCCAUCAACGUACUCCCUCAGCCACCACCAUCAGCUACUCUCACUCGCACCUCAACCGCCUUGACUCUCAUACCUUUACACGCUUUCACCGCAGUCAUUCUCAUUUUCGUCUUCAAAGCUUUACUUUGAAUAUGCAUAUGUCGUUUCUUUGUUGGGUUUGGUUUAAUAUAUGAACAAUUGAAACAAAUGUGUCGUUUUCCCGACACUUCAAAACUUUUCACUUCAAUAAGCCACAACUUUAUAUA